AUGUCUGUUAAUGGCCACUUUGCAAACAUGGGCGAGAAGCCCACACAAGAGCAGUAUGAGCGUGGAAUACAGGUCAUCAACGAGAACCAGGAAUUCAAUCCUACCCUCCCGAAUUACCUAUCCUUCGAGAAAGUCUCGCCCGCUGGCUUCAAUUAUCAUCUUAUAUCUGUCUUUGGAUCGCAGUCAACCGGAAAAUCUACGCUGCUAAACUACCUGUUUGGUACUGAGUUUGGGGUCAUGGCCGAGGACGAUAGGAGGCAGACUACAAAGGGAAUAUGGAUGUCGAAGAAUAAAAAGUCCCAUGCAGUGACAGAUUCAAAGACAAUGGCGGACAAUAUCCUGGUCAUGGAUGUCGAGGGCACAGACGGCAGGGAACGCGGCGAGGACCAAGACUUCGAACGCAAGAGUGCCUUGUUCGCGUUGGCCACGAGCGAAGUUCUCAUAGUCAAUAUUUGGGAGCACCAAGUAGGACUGUAUCAAGGUGCAAACAUGGGGUUGCUGAAAGUGGUCUUCGAGGUCAAUCUCGAACUGUUCCUAAAGGACAAAAAAUCGAAUCCACGGUCAUUACUCUUCUUCGUCAUCCGCGAUCACCUAGGCACUACGCCACUCGCAAAUCUUCGGAACACGCUCAUACAAGAUCUCACGCGCAUAUGGUCAGGUCUGAACAAACCGCCAGGCUUGGAAAAGUCAAAGAUUGGGGAUUACUUUGACUUUGCUUUCGCGGCGCUGCCACAUAAGAUACUCCAACCAGACCGGUUUGUCUCUGAGGUGGAGAAGUUGGGCUCAAGAUUCAGAGAAGGCUUCCGAGAUCCAAGACGGGAUGCUUUCAAAAGUGAUCAAGAGUCUGAUGGGGUCUUCCUAUCGGAGUACCACCGACGGAUCCCUGCGGAUGGAUUCUCGAUUUACGCACAGCAGGUUUGGGAUCAGAUUGUGAACAACAAGGACUUGGACUUGCCUACACAACAAGAGUUGAUGGCACAAUUCCGGUGUGACGAGAUAUCGCGGGAGGUCCUUGAAGGAUUCGAUGAGACGAUCAUACCAUUUGAGAAUAAGCAGGCUGAGGGCACUCGAUUGGGCCAACUGGAGGUCCUUGGAGGCUUAGGAGCUGCAAUGCGAACAGCUAGGAUGAAGACGGUCAAGGCAUUUGAGACGGAGGCAAGCAGAUACCAUAAGGGUGUCUAUGCACGGAAGAAGGGAGAGUUGGAGAGCAAGAUCGACGGACGUCUCAAGGUACUGUUCCAAGGCCAGCUCUCGGCCGCACAUAAGUCCGGAGUCAAAGAUUUCAGUGAUGCCGUGAGCGCCGCUGUGAAAGCUGGGCAGAAAAAGGGUGCAAGCUACGAUUUCGCUGAAAUCGUAGAUCGGGAGAAGAAGAAUGCUCUAUCGAAGUAUGACAAAGAAGCCAAGGGCGUUCUGGUCGAAGGGGCACCAUGGAGCAGUUACAAGCAGGAGAUGUCCCUCUACCAGAAGGACCUGAAUGAGGUCAGCGGACGACUCAGACGAGAGGAAAUGCGCCGAUUGGCGACGCGUGUUGAGCGCUGGGUACGAUCACGGCUCGGCGAGUCAGUAGGCUUGGAGUUCAAUGCGCUGGGGUCUGGAAGAGGGGGCUCAGGUGCGCCAGAGACAGGUGAAAGGGGCAGUGAAACAGAGAUUUGGGACCGGAUAUGGAACGUCUUUAUCAAGACUGUGCAAGAAGCCGAGCGAAGGUUCACAGAUCGUGCGCAGAGCUUCGACGCAAGUUCUGGUGAGGUGGAUGUGGGUUUAUGGAGACUGAGACGAAAAUCAUGGGGGGUGCUGCGUGCGAAAAUCGAUGAGGAGAUGAUGGAAGGGAAUUUGCUUUUGAAGCUUCGGGAGAACUUCGAGGACAAGUUCCGCUACGACGAAGCUGGUGUGCCAAGGAUAUGGCGCCCUACGGAUGAUAUCGAAGGCAUCUACACCAAAGCACGAGAGUCGACACUCACAUUGAUACCCUUGCUGUCGCGAUUCCAGUCCUCGCACACAUCGACACCACCACCAUUGGAUGACUGGAUUGGCAAUGCGCCGCCUGAAGCAACUCCAGCAGACGAAGAGGACCUCGCGCCAAUCGGCGGUGUGGAUGAGGAAGAAGGCAAAAGCUUGGAAGAAGAAAUGUUGAUAUUGAGUGAUGCCAAAAAACAGGAUGUGACGACUCGGUUCAAGAAGACUGCUGAUGGGGUUUAUGUUGAGGCGAAGAGAAGUGCUAUCGGAGGCAUGACUCAGGUGCCCUUGUAUUUCUAUGGGUUGCUUCUGGCGCUGGGAUGGAAUGAGAUUGUUGCUGUGCUUCGAAAUCCUGUCUAUUUCAUCUUCCUGAUCCUUUUUGGCGUCGGCGCCUAUGUCACCUACACCCUUAAUCUCUGGGGUCCAAUGUACCAAAUGGCCAAUGCAGCUUCAGCCCAAGCAUUGGAGGAGGGCAAGAAGCGCCUGCGAGAGUUCUUAGAGGAGAGUAAUGCGGGAAGGCAGGCUAUGGCUAUGAGUGGCCAGGAUGAUGUACAGAUGCGGAAACUCAACGGGCAUGGAAAGGCGGUUGUAGAGGAGGAAGACGAUGAAAUAUGA